AUGGCCAUGUUUGGUAACCGUAGCAGGCGAGAAGGAUCACAUAAGAAGCUGGACCGGUUUAUUCGUUUCCUUCACCUCUCUUUCCUUCCUUCUCAUGCUCCUCCUCCUCCUCCUCCUCCAUCGAAGAUGAGACGACAAUUGGGACAAGCUCACUCUCCGGCCGCCCUCCUUGCAGCCCUCUUCUGCCUCCGUAUCCUCCCCGCCCUCGCGGCCGCCGCUGACUUGGGCAACCUCGAACCACCAAGUGCACCGACCCUAGAACCACUCCUCGCAGAGACGGAGCGAAGCGGGAGGGUCGUGACGGUGAGGAAGGACGGCAACGGAGACUUCCGAACGAUCACGGACGCCAUCAAAAGCAUCCCAUCCGGCAACACCGCCCGCACCGUCAUCAAGAUCGGCCCGGGGGUCUACCGGGAGAAGAUCCUCGUCGACCAGUCCAGGCCGUACGUCACGUUCUACGGCCAACCCGGUGCGAUGCCGACGAUAUCGUUCGACGGCACGGCUGCGAGGUACGGGACGGCGAACAGCGCCACCGUCGCCGUGGAGUCCAGCUACUUCGUCGCAAGCAACGUGAUCUUCGAGAACACGGCACCGAUGCCAGUCGAUGGAGUGCAGGGAGCUCAAGCGGUGGCGAUGAGGAUAUCGGGGGACAUGGCAGCCUUCUACAACUGCAAGUUCUACGGAUACCAAGACACGCUUUGCGAUGACACCGGCAGGCAUUUCUUCAAGAACUGCUUCAUUAGGGGAACAGUCGACUUCAUCUUUGGCAAUGGCAGAUCCAUCUACCAGAACUGUGAAAUCGAAUCAGUGGCAGAUAAUGUCGCCUACAUUACAGCACAAGCGAGAUCUAAUAUCUCAGAUAAGAGUGGCUUCUCGUUCAUCCACUGCAACAUCACAGGCACAGGGAACGCAUUCCUGAGCCGGGCAUGGCGAGAGAUGUCGAGGGUGGUCUUCUCCUACACCCACAUGGGCCGCCUCAUCGACCCCAGAGGCUGGGACAACAAGGGCGUCGCCGGCCGCAACAGGACGGUGUACUUUGGCGAGUACAAGUGCUUGGGACCAGGGGCUGUUACCGAUGGGCGUGUGAAGUAUGCGAGAUUACUCAAUGAUAAGCAGGCAAGGCCAUUCCUCACCAUGGACUUCAUCCAAGCGCAAUCAUGGCUUCUUCCUCCCCCUGCAGUCUAGGAGCUCAGCUUGUCAUCUCCUUCUCCUCUUUGCGCCAUGUUUGGUCGCUUCUUCCUGUUCUAUCAUUGUUUGCCCACUGUGCA